CCGGAAGAAGCUCCAACGUCUGUAGUAUUUGGUUAGAGGGACUGAAUCUGAUGGCAGACUUGUCCCUUUUUUGACUAAUGUUAACGAUUUACUGGGAUAAAACAUGGAAUCAGAGGGGCAGCCUUCAGGAGGAUCUAAAGAGUUUGAGACCGUGGAGAUUGCGGAAUGCAGUGCGGGGAAGGUGAAGGUUCCCCGGAGGAUCAUUCACUUCGCCAACGGGGACACCAUGGAGGAGUACAGCACGGACGAAGAGGAGGAAGAAGAGAAACAUGUGAAACAGGAGGUCGUUGCUGUGGAUUCGUCCAAACUGACCUGGGGUCCUUAUUUCUGGUUCCAUAUGUGGAGGAUGGCAACCUCCACUAUCUCAGUGUGUGACUAUAUGGGGGAGAAACUAGCCUCUUUGUUCGGGAUCACCACUCCUAAGUACCAGUAUGCUAUUGAUGAGUACUACCGCAUAAAGAAAGAGGAGGAGGAGGAAGAAGAGGAGAACCGUCUCGCUGAUGAGGCUGAGCGCUCGUUCGCAGCACAGCGGAGAGGCGAGAAUGAAAAUCCUGCCGCAGUGAAGGAGCAGCCAGAAGGGUCCGGAGCCUCCUUUGUAAAUGUCAGCUUUGAGCUCGAACCCGAGUCUUCUCUCAGGAAUCCUGAUCCAAACAGAGUCCCAUCACCUCUCCCUUCCUGAAAAAAAAAAAAAAAGUUAAUGAAACCAGAACUCCCUCAGCUGCACACACUAAUUUUUUUUUCUAAAUUUUUUAUGUUUAUAACAGAUUUAUUUAUUCAUAAUAGCUGAAGUGGCUGAAUAAGCGGCACCAGUGAAUGUAACACAAGAGUGCUACAUGUAAUCUAGCUCUGGGCUGAGACCGAAGUAAAAUGUUGGUUGUUGCUUUUUGCAUCGACCUCAGUUCUUUCCCAUCAGUUAUAAAAAGAUGAAGCAUCUUUUUCUUGUUUCCCAGAAACGGUUGGUUUGAAUCCUACUUAAUAAAACAAAGGGAGUUAAAAAAAACAGCAUCAGGCAUAAUUUCUGCCGAAGUAUCCACAGAUGAACAUUUCCUUCUAUUAUACUUUACAAUACACAUAAAGCCUUAAAAGAUGUUCCCAACCAGCUGGUUGCUUUGAUUUAACAGAUGUGCAGGUAAAUAGCAGUUUUAGUUUUGUAUUUCAACCUUUCUAGCGUGCAAAAAGAACCCGGACUGCUGAAUGUAAAGGGAAUUUAAGGCAAACAAAAAUUUCAAAGAGAUGUUUGAGAAAUCUGUAGGUACAAACACAUCUUUAACUGUGAAUUGAACGUCCAAUGAACACCAAUUUAUUUGUUUCGUGUGAGUGUUCUAGAAGGGUAUUAAAGGGUCACAACUAAUCGAAGUGCUUUCAUUUUGUAUUAUACUGUAUUUUUAUUUAAAUCCAUUGAGAAUUUAUUAGUAUUUGAUUUCACUCCGAAGAUAUUGAUGUGUUACUUGUUUUUUUUUUUACUUUAAUGAGCCAAUGAGAGUGCUUUGGGUGUCUUAAGCUUAUUAUUGUUAUCCAUUGAUAUCACUACAUUGACUGGCUUCAGAUCCUCAGGAGGGUUAACUCGACUUACCGUAUGUGUUGUCAGAAACAAUAAUGAAAUGAUCUUCAGCUUUAUGUAAAGAUAAAAUCCUUUUAAUAAACAACUUGAUGUCU